GAGAGAGAUACGCAGACUCCCACCUCACCGUGAGAACAGAACAGUACCUAACCGGACGUGCGUUUCUCGUCCAUACACCGCGCGUUGCUCACGGGGGCGCGGAUCCAGGGGCGCAGCUGGCUCGAACCUGCGGAAAGGACACAGAUCCAGGACCAGGACUGACCCUGAGGAUGAUGAAGCUGGUCAGUGGGGGCUCUGUAGUGAAUGCUGAGGCAGUAUGGGACCAUGUGACCAUGGCUGACCGGGAGCUGGCCUUCAAGGCUGGUGACGUCAUCAAGGUUUUGGACGCCUCCAAUAAGGACUGGUGGUGGGGUCAGAUCGACGAGGAGGAGGGCUGGUUUCCCGCCAGCUUCGUCAGGGUGGAGUCCCACCCCCCUCAAACCAAACAGCUUUUUUAUAUCAACCCUGUCGCUGCAUCACGCCUCACAAACGCCACGGCUAAGUUAUGGGUAAAUCAAGAGGAAAACACUGCGGUGGAGGCUGCCGAAAGCUCCAGCGAGGUGCAGAACGGCCACGCGGAGGCCAGCCCGAACCCCAGCACCGACUGCCUGUGUCUGGGCCAGCCCAUCCAGAACCGAGACCAGAUGAGAGCCAAUGUCAUCAAUGAGAUCAUGAGCACAGAACGACAUUACAUCAAGCACCUAAAGGACAUCUGUGAGGGUUAUCUCCGUCAGUGUAAAAAGAGAAGAGACAUGUUUAAUGACGAUCAGCUGAAGGUGAUUUUUGGGAACAUCGAGGACAUUUACAGAUUUCAGUUGAGCUUCGUCAGAGAUCUAGAGAAACAAUUCAACACGGAGGAGCCUCAUCUCAGCGAGAUCGGACCCUGCUUCUUAGAACACCAAGACGGAUUCUGGAUCUACUCUGAAUACUGUAACAACCACGUCGACGCUUGCAUGGAGCUCACACGUCUCAUGAGAGAUGCAAGGUACCAGCACUUCUUCGAAGCGUGUCGACUGGUCCAGCAGAUGAUUGACAUCGCCAUCGACGGCUACCUGCUCACGCCAGUCCAGAAAAUCUGCAAAUACCCUCUACAGCUGGGAGAGUUACUGAAAUACACAGUACAGGAACACAGUGAUUAUCGGUAUGUGGCUGCAGCACUAGCUGUAAUGAGAAAUGUCACUCAGCAAAUCAACGAACGUAAACGACGGCUUGAGAACAUUGACAAAAUCGCCCAAUGGCAGGCUUCGGUGUUGGACUGGGAGGGUGAGGAUAUUCUGGACAGGAGCUCAGAACUCGUGUACACUGGGGAGAUGUCCUGGAUAUAUCAACCGUACGGGCGCAGCCAAACCAGAAUCUUCUUUUUGUUUGAUCAUCAGAUGGUCCUCUGCAAGAAGGAUCUCAUUCGCCGUGAUAUUCUCUACUAUAAAGGCCGGAUUGAAAUGGAUCGGUAUGAGGUCAUUGACGCCAUCGACGGUCGAGACGAUGAUUUUAACGUCAGCGUGAAGAACGCCUUCAAACUGGCCAACAAAGACACGGACGAGAUCCAUCUGUUUCUGCCCAAAAAGCUGGAGGAGAAAAUCCGUUGGCUUCGAGGGUUUCAGGAGGAAAGAAAAAUGGUGCAAGAAGAUGAGAAGAUUGGGUUUGAAAUCUCGGAGUAUCAGAAGAGGCAAGCAGCCCUGACCGUUAGGAGAGUCACGAAACAGAAAGGUGUGGGCCGGUCAGUACCUCCAGCAUACCCGCCUCCUUUGGACCCCAUGAACCCCGGGCAGUACCUCCUCCCAGACGGGCAGGCCGACGGAUAUGAAUACGAGUCCAAACGCAGCACAUCUCCCUUCUGGCAGAACUUCAGUCGGUUAGCUCCCUUUAAAAAAUAGACCACACAACCACCAGGGGAUGGAGACACCAGCCUCUGUAUUUCUGGAAAAGCACUAUUCUAUUUAAGAUAUAUCUACGGACGUUAGGAGGAGCGACACGACACACAAACUACUACAUGAGAGAGGAUGGACCUCGCUUUACUGAGGUUUACCAGUUGUUGUUUUUUCUGGGGUUAUGGGGACAUCUUGCUGGGCUGGUUGCACUGAAUUCUGCACACUAUAUAUUGUAACUCACUAAAAAUAAACCAUAUCCACACGCGCUCUUGGAAACCCAACCACAUUUUCUUCCUCAGCACUCUUCUCUUAGAGAGAGGUUUUAAAUGAUGAAGUAAGGAUGAUCUUCUGUUGUUGUUUAUUCUUCUCUACACACAAUCGUCAGAAAGAGAUUUUCACCUUUUGAAGCACUACAACACCGUAAUGACUCUGCUCUGUGUCGCGCCGCCCUGGUGUUCCUCCGUGCACUGUGACUAUUCAGGGCAUUCUCUCUCACCCAAUCUCUCUUUUUCUCUAUCGGUCUCAAGUUCCAUAUUAUCAUGCGUUUUCCCAACAUUUCAAGCCUGGACAAAACCUCACGUUUUAUUUUUUGAAUGGAUCCUGCUGCACUCUUCAGUUCGUUUUGCAUGAGGUCAUUGCAGGUAUUUUUAUUUGUGUUACUCUAUUCGUACGGGUCAAAGUCUCAAAGAGCAGCGUAUUACGGUCGGCAAAAUGGUUACAAGUUUGCUCACGCCAAUCGUGUUCUACUGGAACAGUGGAUAUAACAGAACCACGUUGACAUUUACGUACAAUCAAUUUAAUCGAUCAGGCUUGAAGUCAUUUUGGUUCGCUGGAGCUUUAAAGACCCGGGACACCUUGAAACGAGAAUGGUUCUGCUCUAAAAAAGUCUAGUUGGACUGUGGACCAUUGUAGCCCGGAUUAGAGGAGAGCCUUUGCUUCAUCACUGUUUCCUCUCAGACAUCAUCAGCGCAGUCUGACAUCAGACCUGAGAACCUGAUCAGAUGUUUACUAAUAUUACUCAGAUUUUCUUUCCUGCUAAUUACACUAAAGUGAGAACAACACCGCCUCUAAGCCCUGUUUCCAUCUGAGGAAUUCAACAGAUAUCCGUUUGGAUGAGGAACAAUCCAUGGAACAAGAUGACUGUAAUCCCACCGAUCAACCUCCUAGUGAUGUGCCAAUUCAUCUCUAAUGUGCCAAAAUAGUCCGGUUGCCAAAUUGUCCUCAAACAGGUACAUUGGCAUGUGGCAAUGCCAACCCCAUGAGCUGGUACCCCCCAUGUGACUUCUCAGGCGAAAAUUAAAUCAGCAAAUUUGGUUAUCGCUGCUAGGAUUAGCAUGAUAUAGUUCAUUUUUUUGUUGUUUUGAUUAUAUAUACUGUAUAUAUAUAUAUAUAUUAUAUAUAAUUUAUAUAUAUAUAAUAUGUAUGUAUAAAUUACACAUAGUAUUUAUUUAUUUAUUUUUGUCCUACAUUAACGGGACUUGUGCAAAAUUUCAUUUCUGUAUAUUCGGGUUUUGUCUGAUUCAAAAGAUAGUAUUUAGUCCAAUCACGAUAUUUAAAGUAUUGCUAUAAAACAUUAUUUAUUCUAUUAUAGUGUGAUAUUUUUUCCAUCUUGAUCCUCUUUAUAUAUUUUAGAGUUUCUGCUGGAGUGUUAAAGACCCGUUAGGGCACGAAAAAAUGCAAGAGGGUCGUAUGGAAGAAAUAUGUCACACGUGUGUACUAAGUGCCACAUGAAACUAUAAUUAUGUUACAAAGAAAAAUAUCAGUUUAAUAUUUUUGAUUCAGUGAUCUGAUUAAAAUAAGAACAUUAUAUCAUUAUUUCAUAAUAAACUUCAUUAUGGAUACAACAGAGUGGAACUGAAUAUAUUCUUCCUCUGGUCUUGUUUCUGCUGUCUAUUCGCAGGAUGAAUGUGACAUGCCGUUUUAUUUAUGAAGAAUUACAUUUAGGAAAAUAUGUCAAAUUCAUAAUCGAGAAUAUAUACAGUAUGUGUAAUUAACCUUUGGUUGAAGAAAUAUCCACAAAUAUAUUAUUUUCAGUGUAAUAAAAAGUUGAAUUACAAAUGAAACAGCUGUAAUUUAUUUAGGAUUAUAUGACUAGAAAUCUAAUGCAAUGAUUGAGUCAUGCAGAAUAAGAAGUCAAAAAAGACCUUUCAGUGCCUUCUUGACAAACUAAUCUGAUUAAUAAAAUCAUCCCUUUUUGGUUCGUCUAGGUUUGCCUGCAAUCUUAAAAAUAAAGGUGCUUUAAAGGUUCUUCACAGCAACGCCAUAGAAGAAUCAUUUUUGGUUCCACAAAGAACCAUCCAGUCAAUGGUUCCUUAAAGAGGUUUCUUUCCCAUUAAGUAUUUAAACAAAAAAGGUUCUUCCAUGGCAUCAUAUAGCACCUUUAAGAGUGUAGGCCUAGUAUUGUUUUUACUAAUUCAUGACAGAAUUUUCAUUUUUGGGUAGGAACCUUUAAAGGGUGUGGACACUUUCCCUUUGGGCCAGUAAUCAACGGCUUUAAAUCCAACCGGACCAUCAUAAAUUUGCAAGAAUAAAUACCCGCAUAGCAACCAUCCUCUGUAGUGGGGAGUUUUGGAUGGUCAGGCAUCUCCCACAUUUUCUUGAAAAUGUUUUGUUUCUUUAGAAUACGUACAUCUAGUUAUUACAUUACAGUGAAAUCAGUUGUGUAAGGGUCAAUGACGCAAUAAGUAUUUUCAACAUGCCAAUUUAAAAAUACAACAAUAUCUAUUGCAUUUAUUCAAACAUUAAUAAUGUGGUGUAC